AUGAACAGCUCCAGUACAUCUCCAGAGGAUGCCAUCGCGGGCGCCAUUGCAGGCGCUCUCGCAUCUUCCUCUUCCGAGUCCGAACCCCUCGCUCGGAAACGAAAAUGGACGGCGGGGUUGACAAAUGCAACCCAACCGGUUAUUAAACAUGCCUUCUUUAAAGAUCGCGUAACCCCAAUCACGAUAUUCCCAAUUCAACCAAACCAACGACUUCCAGAACCACUACUUCUUAAGCUCUGCUCUGAAUUCAAUCAUGAAAUCGACCGAGGGAACACCUUCCCGUUCACGGACCCCAUGUCACUCUCUCAGUUCCAGUCAUACUGGUUCUCGAAUUAUGCCGCCGUAGUGAUGAGGGGGCGGGAGGAAUCCUUGUUUUCCGAAGGGAGAGACUGGGAAGCAGACUGCGUGGGUACCUUUCUUGUAUUCUCGAGAUAUCCUGGCCGUAGCUCGCAUAUAUGCACCGGUCAGUUUUUGAUAUGUGAGGCUUUUCGCGGGAAAGGUGCAGGGAAAGUGCUUAUUAGCACGUUUUUGGACUAUGCUACGAGACUGGGCUAUUCGUCCGCCAUGUUCGACUUAAUCUACGAAACGAAUGAACCGAUCCUCCAUAUCCUCGAAACACAAGGCUUCAAACGUAUCGGCACCAUUAAAGCCGCAGGUCUUCUCCUCCUCCCCUCUGGAUCCACCGAACCGGUUGACUCCAUAAUUCUCUCGAGAGAUCUAGUAGAAGAGGAAGACUUCCAGUCCAAUGAAAGAUUUGAGAAGAUUCGUUACUAUCUCGAAAAGGGCAAAUAUCCACCUUCUGCUACCCGUUCCGAGAAAUCCCGUCUUAGAUCUGCAGCUACGCAUUAUAAACUCGUUGGUGAAAAGCUCAUGCUUAAGGAUAAAGAAGUCAUAUCCGACCCGCAAAAACAAUAUGAAAUUGCCAGAGAUGUGCAUAAGAUUGCACAUGGAGGGAUAAAUAAGACGACAGCACAGAUAGCGGAUAGAUAUCAUUGGAUACAGAUUAAAAGAACAGUUAGCCAAGUUCUUAAAAACUGCGCGGAAUGCACACAGAAUGCACGGCCGCCGGUCGUCAAAGCCAUCACACCGACUGAGAAAUCGAAGGAAAUUGAUAAAAACGAAGCUACAAAUUCUACAAAUUCUGCCGCCGCUGCCGCCGCUAGCUUGAUAGGUGAACUUCCAAACCGUGGGAAUGUUGAAGAUGGUGAACCGGAGAUGGACGAAGGGGUGAUGGGUAUUCCACAGCUUCAAGAUCCAGACUCAAUUCUCGACCUCCCAUCUCCAAUACCCACACAUCACCUCCAGCAUCCAUCCGUACUAAUUGACCACCCUCAUCGAUCCGUUAAAUCACCACCAGGUCAUCACCACCAUCAACUCGCACAAUCUAUCCGAUCUCAGCACGAUGCCAUGUCACUAUCUCAACAACAAUCAGUCAUAGACCCAACACUUGGUAGCGUCGUCAACCGCACCGGCGUAAGCCUCCUGACAGCCGCGGGACUUCCCAUCAACCAAGCGAUGGUCGAAGAAGUAGUACGACAGAUGGCGAUCCAGCAGCAACAUAACUCUCAACAUUCACAACAUUCACAGCAGCAUUCGCAACAUGCGCAACAUCAUCACCAUCACCACCACCACCAUCACUCGCAUCAUCAUUCACAUCAUACGGACGAUACAAUGGACGAUAUGAAUAUCAUGGACAACUUUGAAGAACUGCAACAGUUUGACGAUAACGAUUUACAGUUAAUUGGAAGUCCCUCAAGGAGUGAUGGUGAUGUUUUGAACAUGGAAGAAGCGGAUAGGAGACGUCAUGCUAGGGAUAUGGCACUGAUUGCUGAAGCGGUUGCUGCUGCGAGAACCGUGGGUGUGGCGGCAAGCGGGGGGCCUGUUGAAGAAAGUGAUAUGCUGCCGCCUUUCGACUAG